AUGAGUGGUCAGCCAAUUGUUCUUGAUCAGGGUACUGGUUUUGUUAAGAUUGGUAGAGCAGGUACCAAUUUCCCAGAUCAUACAUUCCCAUCACUUGUUGGUAGACCGAUUUUGAGAGCUGAAGAAAGAAAUCUUUUGGUUCCAGACAAUGUUGAAAUUAAGGAUAUUAUGUGUGGUUCAGAAGCAAGUGAGGUAAGAUCUUUAUUGCAAAUAACUUAUCCUAUGGAAAAUGGUAUAAUCAAGAAUUGGGAAGAUAUGGAACAUUUAUGGGAUUAUGCCUUUUAUGAACGAAUGAAAAUACCAACCCAAGGGGAAAAAAUCUUAUUAACAGAACCUCCAAUGAACCCUUUAAAAAACAGAGAAACUAUGUGUGAUGUGAUGUUUGAAAAAUACCAAUUUGGUGGAGUUUAUGUUGCCAUUCAAGCCGUUUUAGCAUUAUACGCUCAAGGGUUAAGUUCUGGGGUUGUUGUUGAUUCUGGAGAUGGGGUUACUCAUAUUGUUCCAGUUUAUGAAUCCGUUGUUUUAAAUCAUUUAACCAGAAGAUUGGAUGUCGCUGGUAGAGAUGUUACUAGAAAUUUAAUAAAUCUUUUAUUACGUCGUGGUUAUGCAUUCAAUAGAACCGCUGAUUUUGAAACUGUUCGUCAAAUUAAAGAAAAACUAUGUUAUGUUUCCUAUGAUUUAGAUUUAGAUACAAAACUAGCCCAAGAAACCACUACCUUGGUUGAAUCCUAUGAAUUGCCUGAUGGUAGAAUUAUCAAAGUUGGCUCCGAAAGAUUUGAAGCUCCUGAAUGUUUAUUCCAACCAAACUUAGUUGAUGUUGAACAACCUGGGGUCGGUGAAACUUUAUUUAAUACUAUCCAAUCCGCAGAUGUUGAUGUUAGAACUUCCUUGUUCAAAGCAAUUGUUUUAUCGGGUGGUUCUUCAAUGUAUCCUGGUUUACCUUCCCGUUUGGAAAAAGAAUUAAAACAAUUAUGGUUAACUAAAGUCUUACGUGGCGAUGCAUCUAGAUUAGAUAAAUUUAAAGUUAGAAUUGAAGAUCCCCCAAGAAGAAGACAUAUGGUUUUCAUUGGUGGGGCAGUCUUGGCUAAUAUUAUGUCCGAUAAAGAACAUAUGUGGAUUACCAAACAAGAAUGGGAAGAGCAAGGUGCUCGUGUUUUAGAAAAAUUAGGCCCUCGUUAA